AUGAGCUCUGUAUACCCGGCUCCCCCUGCUUCUGUCAACAGCAGCAGCAGCAGCAAAGCGGCCGGAGGAGCAGCAGCCGGAAAUAAUGGGGAGCCAGUGGUUGUUGUCCGGCGGGAUUUCCACUCCGCGGAAGCCCGUCGACGGUCUCGAGCUCACACUUUCUUUGGUCAGAGAAACCUUGGAGAAUUUGGCUCCUUUGUGUAUCUGGUUAAUCAAAUCUUUGGCGCCAGUUUGGUAGCAGUUCCUCUAGUGUUUAGAAGCGCGGGUUUGGUGCCCGCAACAGCAGCAAAUCUUUUUGUUUGCUGCAGCAGCGCGAUUGCCUCCUUGAUGCUUCUUCGUUGCAUGCAACUUGUCCACGGAAAUAGCUGCUUUCAGAAGCGCAUAGAGUAUGCAGCAUGGAUUGAGGUGUAUCCGCAGCUGCGUUUGCGUGUUUACGACGCUGCUGAGUAUGCAGCAUUCUCUGGUUUAUCCUUACCAUGGAGUGACCCUGACAGUCCUGCUGCUGCUGCUGCAGCAGCAGCAGCAGCAGAGAUGACAGUUACAUGCGGAUAUCUACUUUGUGCUGCUUGCUGCAUCCCUCUAUCCAGCAGCAGCAUGGAGGAGAAUAUGACUAUUCAAUUUGCUUCCUUUUUCUUCCUGCUGCUGUCCAUUGUUGUUAUGAUGGCAGCAGCAGCUUGGCGUAUAGUUGGUUAUGCAGCUGGUGAGACACCUGUUGCUGCAGCAGCAGCAGCAGCUGCUGCUGCUGCUGCUGCGGUACCAGUUGAUGGCACUUCUUGGAUGCAGCAGCAGCAACAGAUGUCCUAUAGCCCACAAAACGCAUCUCUAGCAGCAGCAGCGAGUCCUACGGUGUCGCAGCACGAAGCUGCUGCUGCUGCUGUUGCUGCAGCAGCAUUAGCUGCUGCUGCUGCUGCAGUUCCCCGUGUGUUUAAGUCACCAAAUUCAGCAGCAGCAGCAGCAGUAGCAGCAGCAGCAAAUAGUUGGGGACUCCCUAUAGAGCCGCUCUCUGACGCUACAGCUUCUCUUGAGUCCUCUUUGCUGAAAAACAGCAGCAGCAGCAGCAGCAGCAGCGGCAGCAGCAGCGGCAGCAGCAAAAGGCUGCUGCAUCAUUUGCUGCGGGAGGCCUCAAAAGACGCCGACCUUAUCAGUGCGAACAGCAGCAGCAGCAGCAACAGCAGCAGCGGCAGCGGCAAAGGUAAGGCCCCCAUUGUUACAGAAGACCCCAGUGAGGUCCCUCCCAAGACCAACAGCGGCAAUAGCAGGAGCUGCAACAGCAGCAGCAGCAGCAGCUGCUGCAACGGCAACAGCAGCAGCAACAGCAGCAGCAGCAGCAGCAGCAGCAGCAGCAGCAGCAGCAGCCCAUUAGAGGAUUUACCUCCUGGUUUCCCCCCUUUAUGGGGACAACAAAACUUUAUGCAGGUAUUCUCUACCUUUAUAGCUAGUUAUGCAUAUGUUACUGUUGUACCUUGUUGGGCUAAUGAGAUGAAACUCAAUGUCAAGAUCGAAAGGGCGAUAUGGAGGAGCACAAGCUUUUGCGGCCUCACUUAUUUCUUAUUUGGCCUCCUCCUUGCAGCGGCCUAUCCUGCUGUUUCUUCAGAUAAUAUCCUGCAGGAGAUGCUCGCUUCAAGUGACACGCCAGUGUUCGCCCAGGUUGCCAUUUUCGCCUUUGACCUGUUCACGAUUUUACCUGGCAUUCUUGUAUACUGCAUAGCGACGCGGUAUAAUUUAGUUAACAGUGGCGUCUGCAGCAAAAGAGUCGCUUUUUGGGUAGGGGCUGUUGCUCCCUUCAUGGGAUCCUGGACCCUUAUGAAUGCUCAAUCUACAGCAGAUGUAUUGACAUGGACGUCCUUGUUUUUUUCUCUGAUUUGCAACUUCGUCGCGCCUUUUGUAAUUUAUCUUCGGGCAUGCGAGAAGCUGCCGGUUGAAGCACCACGGGAGAAGCAAGUUGUCCUGUUUAGCCCUAACGUUCGCCAUAAUGUGCAAGGAGAAUUGCGAGACCCCGAUGCCAUCCGGCUGUCGUUGCUGCAAUGGUUGCAAGCAACAUUCAAGGACGAGGCAAGAGCAAGGGAGGCGGAUCCCCAGUUGCUGCAUUUGCUGCUGCAGCCAUCAUCAGCAGCAGCAAAUGCAGAUCAACAAAGCAGCAGCGCCCAUACAGCAGCAGAAAAGAAACGCAUGCUGACGCAGCAGGAAGCAGCAACAACAGUUAUUGCUGCUGCUGCACUCCAGCUGCAAGAACCGGGACUUAGCAAAACAUUCAGCCGCCUGUUUGGGGGUUCUCCUUCUUACCAUUCGGAGACAUCCUUGCACACGCCGGAGCAGCAGACGUUGCUGUCAGCAGAGCUGGGUGCUGCUCAUGUUACGGCAGCAGCAGCAGCAGCAGCAGCUAGCUCGGAUGGUGGCACCAGCAGCUUACAGCAGCAGCUGCUGCGGCAUGACAGCUUGGGGCCGCUGCGGGGGUCACCUGCAGCAGCAGGAGAUCAUUCGCAUGUGUGUUCGCCGUCUCCUCCCUUGUCUCCUUUACAGCUACAGCAGCAGCUGCAGCAGCAACUACAGCAGCAGCAGCAGCAACAAGGGUGGCGGAUCGUACAGCCAGAACGCACAACAGCAGCGACAGCAGCAGCAGCAGCUGCUGCUGCUGCUGCUGCAGCAGCAGAUGAGAACACAGAAGCAGAAGUUGCCGAUUUAUCAACAGAUCUUGAUGAUGUUGCUGCCUCCCUUAAGGUGCAGCAGCAUUUGCCUGAUUUGCUGCUGCGGCAAGCAGAUAGAAUAGAUCGUAAUGCUUGGAUAGCGGAUCUGCCAGCUCUAUUAGGCACAAACCAGCAGCAGCAACAGCAACAGCAGCAGCGGCAGCGGCACAGACCAGCGCUGCUGCAGGAACCACCACGGGGACAUCUUAUGCACCCUAGACAAAUAACACUACCUCCGUAUACACCUGGAGGAGACACACCAUCUGUUGCUGUAACCCCAGCUGCAGCAGCAGAUGCUGCUGCAGAGGAAACCUCUGCUGCUGGUGCAGAGACACAACAGGAGAAGCAAAUAGACGCAAAAGGAGACACUGACAGAGACAGCGGCUUGAGUAGGCACACCAGCACAGAGUUGCCCUCUGUUGCUGCUGCUGCUGGUGAUUCUCCAGGUGCACCGGCUGCUGCGGCGGCUGCAGCUGAGGGGGGCGAUACGGGAGCAGCAAGCGAGGGCUCAAGAGGAACGCUUGAACGCAUGCGCAGCAGCGGCAGCGCCCGCAGCAGCAGCAGCGGCAGCAGCGGAGUGUUUGAUGAGUGUUUAGUGCAUGCAAACACAUUUCCCCACAUGACGAGCAGCAAACGCAGCAGCAACCGCACCAGCAGCAGCAGCAGCGGAGGAGCUGGUGGGGAAUUUUCUAAUAGUAAUCGUUUAUCUUUGCCUGCUGGUGGGUCUCCUGUCUCCUUGCUGCUGAGCCCUAAUCAGCAGCAGCAGCAGCAGCAAAAGAAACUAUUAGAUGUUGAUAUGACGGAGCUGUCUCUUGGCCUUGGACGAAGAGCAGCAGAUCUUGUUCGUAGGAUGCGCAACUGCAACAGCAGCAGCAGCAGCAGCAGCAACGGUGCAGCACGCACGGAGGAGGAGCGGCUAGCUACUGCUGCUGUAGAUGAGGUUGAGGCAACAGCUCUGCUGCUGCGGCAGCUCAGAGAGGCGCAGCAGCAAGGUAAUGAUAGUCUGCCGCAGGGUUUGCUGCCUCGGUUAAAGAGAUCGGAGACGUUGAAGAACAUUGCGCCUGUUGAAUUGGAGGCCGCCAACAGCCCCCACUGGCGAAGUAUCCGCAACUUUGAUCAUCAGCAGCAUCCGCUGCUGCAGCAGCAGGAGGGUCCGCUGCAGCAGCAGGAGCAGCCGCUGCUGCAGCAGCAAAGAAGGAGGAGUCUCUCCGUCAAAGUAGCAGAGGAGGGCAUGAGGGGCAGCAGCAGCCCUUGCGAUAACCACUCUACGGACGCAUAUGAAACAAGAAGCAGCAGCAGCAGCAGCAGCAGCAGCAGCAGUAGUAGUAGUAGUGUACCGAGAGGCAGCAGCAGUAGUACGUGGGUGAGCAUCAGUGUACCUGAGGUCGUUGCCCACGAUGAAGGCCAACAGCAACAGCAGCAGCAACAGCAGCAGCAGCAACAGCAGCAGCAGCAGCAGCAAACCGAUUUGAGCAGUUCGGCCGCUGAAGCUAAGGACAAAGAUGCUGCACUAUCUACGCCUGCAGCAGCGGAUUCCUUGACAGCUCCAGCAGCAGCAGCAGCAACAGCAGCAGCAGAAUCCCCAGCAAGUUCUGCAGGUCCUGCUGCUGCUCGAGACAGGAGGAAGCAACGCUUCCGUACACUUACGCUGUCUCCUCCGUCUCCCUCCAGGCGCAGCAGCCCACGUCUUGUAGCCAGGCAUCAGCAGCAGCAGCAGCAAAAGCAGCAGCAGCAGCAGCAGCAGCAGCAAACGGCGCAUGCAGAUCGUGUAGCUCACGGGAGACGCAAAUUUAAGACAGCUGCCUAUUUGCCGAAGAAGAAGGACCAGCUGCCAUCACCGAAAGCAGCUGCUGCUGCAGCAAAAGCAGGUGCUGCUGCUGCUGGAGGUGCUGCUGCUGCUGCAGGUGCAGGGGACUCAUCGGAGUCUCUUUUUGCCUACAGAGACAUCGAUCAGCGCGAUGCGCAUCCAACAGAAGUGCUGCCUACAAUUCAGGUAAUUGCUGCACAAAUUAGCUAG